CUUGUCAAAAAUUGAAAACGUAAACAGAUAAGUCCUCAUUUGUAAACGUUUGAGUAAUCUGUUUUAAUUUUUUAUAAAUUUUAUGACGAGUAUCGAUUAAAAUAAUGCCUGCGUUGUAGUAAUUUUCCCAUUAGACAGGGAUCAUGGAAGGAGUCCUUUGGAAAUGGACUAAUUACUGGAAUGGAUGGCAGACGCGAUGGUUUAUUCUUGAAAAUGGUGUACUAGCAUAUUACAAAUCCCAAGAAGAGGUUAAUCAGGGUUGUAGAGGUUCUAUUAAAGUGCAAGCUUGUGAAAUAAUUGUUAACGCCAUCGAUAGUACACGGUUAGACCUUGUAAUUCCCGGCGAGCAACACAUUUAUCUCAAAACAGCAACAUCACAAGAAAGACAGCAGUGGUUGGUCGCCCUCGGUAGUGCUAAAGCUUGUGUCCAAAAACGAACUCUAAAUGACUCUAGUGAGUUCAAAGUUAAUAACAACUGUGAGCCUAACACCAAUGCCUUGAAAAAAAAGAAAUCAGAAUUAAGGCUUUAUUGUGAUUUAUUGAUGCAACAAGUACAUGUUAUUAAAAAUUCCACUAAUGGAGAAAACAGGCCUGAUGUUGAAAAAAUGGAUGACGCUACAAGAUUGUUGGGAGCAACUUGUGAUACUUUCAUUAAAACUCUAGAAGAAUGCAUGGAAUUGUCAAAUGCAAACAUUAUGUAUAACGUACCCAAUAAUGACGUUAUUGUACCACCAGCAACUGUUAAUCUAGCCUCAAAGAGGAUAUAAAUAUAUUUCUUACUCAAGUUGAAUUUUAUUUAUGUUUUACUAUUUACUAAGAAUUGUUAAUAAUUAUGUUUUUUGUGUUCAGAGUUUUGUACUGUAUCUAGAAUAAUUACUGUAACCAAAGUAUUUAAAUAACUCUUCCAGGGAAUAAAUAAAUAUAUUUUAAAGCAGCA